CUAGUACUACUAGUACUAGUGCCUGGGAGACUGGGACAUGCUGAGAAGAGGUUUUCUAGUCCUCGUGAUCAUGGUCAGCUCACAUGAUUUUCUGUAGCAUCGUCGUUGACAGAAGUCCCGAAAAUGCCCCUCAAUAAUAAUGAACACAUCUACCUUACCACCUAGUAGAUAUACCUGUAUCCCAAACAUUGGUUCGAGGUGGAUCUCGCUCCCCUCAAGCUAAACCGAGUCUAGAUUGCUCCAGCGAACGAGUCCAGGACGAUUCCAGGUCCACGUAGACCACCAAAGCUUGCUCCUUGCCGCGAGGAGCGUGCUUGUCACUCAUUGGAGGAGUUUGCCACCCCGCCUCCAGCUCCGAGCAUUACCAGAAUUUCGAAGGUCUUUGGACACCUUCCUGAGGACCAUCUCUCCCAGUUGCGUUGGUACCAAAGAACCGCUGCUUCGCUGGAGCAAUGGCUCCAAUCAACUGGUUUCUUGUCGCUGUUGCGGUGGGAUGCGGAGCGGUGCACCUGGCGGCUGAGUCCGCUGCGACGCCAAAUAUUAUUUUCCUUCAUGUGGAUAGCAUGGACGGCCGAACGGCUCUGGAGGACUCGCCGGCGCUCACCCCGAACUUGGACAAGCUGGCGAAGAGGGGCGUCCGCUUUGAUAACACGUACUGCGCUGCUCCGGAGUGCGUGCCGUCCAGAAGUGCACUAUGGUCCGGCAGACGACCUGAUCAAACAGGAGUGUGGGCGAACGGGCAUGGCCUGCCGCCCGACUACCCAAUCAUCAUGGAGCAAGUGGGCAAGGUUGGCUACGACACUGAGUUCAUAGGGCGUCAUGAUUUCAACUCGGGUCACCACAGCCUGAGUGCUAAUCUCAGUACGUGGGUACGACCAGUGCCCGGCUUCGCCAUUCCGUCCGAGGACCGGCCCUUUCCGUCCGUUCACGACUCGCAGACGGUGAGAUUCCACGGCGGGGACUGGGCCAACGCGGACAAGUGCAUCGAGUGGCUGAAGGGCCGCCAGAACAACACGACCCCGUUCAUGCUGUCGUGUGGCUUCGGCUGCCCGCAUCCCGGCUACUCGACAUCCCAGUACUGGCUGACGACGGGCGUGAACAAGACACGCAUCACACUCCCGCAGUGGAAGGCCGAAAGCGAGAUGCACCCUGUGCAGCUGUACGAGACGAUCACCAAGAACUGCUCGGGCAACUGGAGCACUGAGGAGGUACAUGACAUCCGGGCCGUGUACUACGCCAUGGUGGCCGAGGCAGACGGCUUUGUCGGCAGCAUUCUGGACACGAUAGGCAGCAGCGGCAGCUUGCUGAACAACACUGUGGUGGUGUUCUGGUCAGAUCACGGUGACAUGACCAUGGAUCACAAGCAGUUCUACAAGGAGACGGCGCUCGAGGGCAGUGCGCGCGUACCGCUGAUUAUUGCCGGUCCGCCCGGGUCGGGCAUACGCAAGGGCAGCACCGUGCAGAGGGCCACGAGCCUGAUCGACCUGUUCCCGACCGUCAUGGAUCUAGCCAAGGCGCAGCAUCCCACGGGCCUAGCCGGCUACUCUCUGCUGCCGGACCUGAUGAAUGUGAGCAGCAUGCACGCAUGGCUAAAUGAUGACUCGAGCGCAUGCGUAUCUGAGUCACGAUUCGACGAGCUGAUGGCCGACCCUCACCCGGACUAUGUACUUCUACAGGCACACAUGGACCACUCCAGUACUGGGCAGUUCAUGUUGCGGCAGAACAACUGGAAGUACAUUGAGUACGCCGGGGGCUACGACCCGGAGCUAUUCGAUCUCGACACGGACCCGAACGAGCUGAACAGCGUUGCCACGUUGCAAACCACCGUUCUAAGCCAGAUGAAAGCCCUGCUGCGCACACUUCUCGAUCCAGACGAGGUUGAUGCGCAGGCUAAGGCCUUCGACAAGCAGUCGUUUGCGACCUGGAAAGAGUCACUCGGGGAUAAAUACAAUUCCACAAUCGGCUCUAAAAACAUUCGCUGGCAUUGGUCAUGGCAGAAAAACCCAGAGCUAUACUUGUCUCUGAUUGACAAGUGGCUCAACAGUAAGUGAAUCGAAUGACGGCUUUCAGAACUGUGACUUCUUAUGAGUCAACCAGGUUGAUGUCGAAGAUACUGUUUGUGUCUAGCGAAUUUUUUCUUUCGCACUUUAUCAUGCCAUGGAAUGUCUCAGUGCUCUUUGUCAGUCUGUGCUACAUUGUGCACAUCUAACUGUUCAAUUUGAAUGGUGGACCCUUACGCAUACAUGUAGUUUGUGCCGCAGUGUUUUCACUUGUAUCUCUGACACAGCUUUUUCGUUAUUCCUGCUAAAUGGGCGAGUUGUCCGUUUAGUUUGCCUGCAAUACAUGACGUGUAUUGUAGAAAUUCGAACUGGCAUUGGAAUUGCUUUUCAUAUCGAGAACAAUCUUUUUAAAAAAAGGUUUGU